CGCUGAGCGGCGCUCACUUGGAGCUCGGCAAGCGAGCGAGACGAGCCUGAUUCCAUGUCCCCCGCUGCCUCCCUGCCAGGCGCGCGAAGAUGAUGGCCAUGAACGCCAAGCAGCCUUUCGGCAUGCACCCAGUGCUGCAAGAACCCAAAUUCUCCAGCCUGCACUCCGGCUCUGAGGCCAUGCGCCGAGUCUGUCUCCCAGCCCCGCAGCUGCAGGGUAAUAUAUUUGGAAGCUUUGAUGAGAGUCUGCUGGCACGCGCCGAGGCUCUGGCGGCGGUGGAUAUCGUCUCCCACGGCAAAAACCAUCCGUUCAAGCCCGACGCCACUUACCAUACCAUGAGCAGUGUGCCCUGCACGUCCACUUCGUCCACCGUGCCCAUCUCCCACCCGGCGGCGGCGCUCACUUCGCACCCGCACCACGCCGUGCACCAGGGCCUCGAAGGAGACCUCCUGGAGCACAUCUCGCCCACUCUGAGUGUGAGCGGCCUAGGCGCGCCGGAGCACUCGGUGAUGCCCGCACAGAUCCACCCACACCACCUGGGCGCCAUGGGCCACCUGCACCAAGCCAUGGGCAUGAGCCACCCUCACGCCGUGGCGCCGCACAACGCCAUGCCCGCGUGCCUCAGCGACGUGGAGUCAGACCCGCGCGAGCUGGAGGCCUUUGCCGAGCGCUUCAAGCAGCGGCGUAUCAAGCUGGGGGUGACCCAGGCGGACGUGGGCGCUGCUCUGGCCAAUCUCAAGAUCCCCGGCGUGGGUUCGCUCAGCCAGAGCACCAUCUGCAGGUUCGAAUCUCUCACCCUCUCGCACAACAACAUGAUCGCGCUCAAGCCGGUGCUGCAGGCCUGGCUGGAGGAGGCCGAGGCCGCCUACCGAGAGAAGAACAGCAAGCCCGAGCUCUUCAACGGCAGCGAGCGGAAGCGCAAACGCACGUCCAUCGCCGCGCCCGAGAAGCGCUCGCUCGAGGCUUAUUUCGCCAUCCAGCCGCGGCCCUCCUCCGAAAAGAUCGCGGCCAUCGCCGAGAAACUGGACCUUAAAAAGAACGUGGUGAGGGUCUGGUUCUGCAACCAGAGACAGAAACAGAAACGAAUGAAGUACUCGGCUGUCCACUGACUGCGGCGGGGCGCAGCGGCGGGGGCCAGCAGAGCCUGGCGCGCCCUUGCCCGCCCCCUCCUUGGGGGAGAAGCUUGCCGGGAACUCCGAGGCAUUCCCUGGCAGGUCAGGUUUCUCCCCCACUUCGAAGCCACAGACUUUCCCCUUUAUUCCGCCUGGUCGUCUCUCGGCCUUCUCUUUCUUUUUCCUUUCCAUUCCCAUAAAAAAAAAAAAAAAGUUUUGUUGUCGCUUGGGAAAAAAUUCAAGGGCGGCAGACGUGGAGGGACGUGUGCUAUCCGCGGUGCUGAAACUUGCCCGGCGCGACCGCGGGGCUGGAGGCCCCAAGCAGAAGACAGUGGAUUGGCCACACUGCAGGAAACCAGGGUCAAAGCGCCAGUUUGCUGAGCACGGUCAGGCAAAGGGUGAAAGGCUGGGACGUGAGGGACAGAUGAAUAAUGAUAUAUAGCCUAGGGAAUCUAAGUGAGACACGAACGUGUACUGGAGAGCCAUUAGAUUCUAUAAAACAUGCGUUAUGUUUCUGAACGAUAGCUUUGUACUUCCGUCCCGCCUGAGUUUUAUCCAUCUCCUCCUUCUUAUUAUUACUGGUUUCCCGAAAGUUCUCACAAAGUAGAGUGUAUGUAGUUCAGGAACAUUGUGGCUGGAGUGUUGAGCCCCAAGCUGUCCUCUGUGGUAGAGAGGGCACUGGUGAAGGU